AUGAACAUCUUCAAGAUUUUGUUGAUAUGCACAGUGUCUUUACACAUUGAAGCUGAAGUUCAGGUAUUGAUUAACCCUGUGAACUUGCCUGAAAACAUGCUCCCUGGGACUCAGCUAAGUCGCGCUUAUGAUAAAGAUGUAGCUGGAAGAGCAGAUGUCUACCACUUUCUUAAUAAAACAAAGGAUUUUGUCAUCGAUGCAAGUUCUGGUGUAAUCACGUCUACCAAAGUUUUUAAUUAUGAAACAGACCCAAUAAGAUUUCUGCUGAUCGUUGACAGCGGAGGGCUCCGCAGACGGGUUUUGACAGUGAACAUCAUUGAUGUUCCCGAAAGUCCAGACUGUACCGCUGACCCCCAGUUUUCUUCAGGGACAGCUACUGUGGAACUUGAUGAGGACUACCCACUGUUUCAAUCCAUUUACAGAGUGACAGCCACAGAUGAAGACUUUGCCAAUGGCGACAGGCUGAAGUACACCAUUGAGACACAACUCUCUGGACCAAAGAGAGGAGCCAACUGUUUUGGCGUGGACCCUGUAAGUGGUGUUGUCAGCGUGAAUGGUGAAGAUUCCUUGGACUUCGAUGCUGGAUUUCAUGUUUUCCAGCUUGCAUUGAGAGCAACAGAUACAAAAGGUCUGUUUUGUCAAGGAACUCUAAUUAUCAGGGUUCGAAACAUAAACGAUGAGAAACCUCAAUUUGAGCCAUUUCCUUUGAAUCUGAUUAAUGUGACUGAGAAGAUGCCUGUUGGAGAAAUUAUAGCAAGAGUAAAAGCAACAGAUAGAGAUGAAGACAGCAGCAUCACAUAUUCCUUUAAAACUCAGCAAGAAGUGUUUCGUUUGGACCCUGUUACAGGCAUAAUUACUCUUCUUAAGCCUUUGAAUCUUGACAAGCCAAAUAAUUCCAAAGUCUACCCUUUGGAAGUUGAGGCCAGAGACAAUGGGAAUCACUCCAGCACCUAUGUGUUCACAGUUUCUGUGGAGAAUGUGGAUGAGCCUAUUUCCUGUGAUUCAAGUUUUUCGACUGGAGCAGGUGUUUCAGUGUCUGUUCCUGAAAACACUCCAGCAUCUGCUCCUAUAUAUAUGAUCCUUUCAAGAGACCCCGAUCUAGAACAAGAAGUAGAACAUUUCCAGUUAGUAAUUGCUGUGAGAAGCAGAGAGGACCUGUCUGUGGAGUCAUGUACUGGCACCAUCACUAUAAACAUCCAGAAUGUUAAUGAUGAGAGUCCCAUCCUUACAUACGUACCAGAUGCACCAAUAAAUAUUUAUGAAAAUCUGCCUGUUGGAACUGAGCUGGUCAAAUUGACAGCGACUGAUAGAGACAUAGGGGACUCAGUACAUUAUGAGUUUGUUGGUACCCCAAAAGAAUUUUCCAUAAAUGAAGAUUCAGGAGUGGUCACAGUUGCCUACCCUUUGGAUUAUGAAGAUGCAAGCACUCCAAAGUCUUGGGUGUUAUAUUUUAGAGCUUAUGAUAAUGAACGAAUGCAUUCAACAACCGGGACACUCACGGUGAUUCUACAAGAUGUGAAUGACAAUCGCCCUCAAUGCUCACAGGAUAUUUACAUAAUUGAGCUUCCUGAAAACAUCCCAGUUGAAACUCUCUUAGUUUCUCUAGCUUGUACAGAUAAGGAUGGAACUGUACCCAAUAACAAUAUCACAUAUCAUUUGAUUACGGAUACUUUUUCAAAUGAAACCUUUACCCUCACAAACAAUGAGCUGAAAAUCGGACCGUCACAUCUAGAUUUUGAUAAUGCUGUUUUUGCAGGAAUGCACUUCAAAUACACCCUCUUUGUAAGAGUGUCUGAUGAAGGAAAUCCCGUAUUAUCAACAAUGAUUACAGUCAUCGUAAGAGUGAGUCGCAUAAAUGAACUGAAUCCAACUGGAACCACAUUGGCCUUUACCUUCAGCAUAUUUGAAAAUAGUCCAGUUGAUACACUAGUUGGGGAAAUUACAUUUACAGAUGCGGACUGGCCAUUUAACAAUGUAAAAUAUGCCAUUGUUGGAGGCAAUUUGGGAACACCUCCCAUAUUUUACAUCGAACCCGAUACAGGAAUGAUAAAACUGUUGGGUUCCCUAGACAGGGAAAUGCAAUCACGAUACAAGAUAGCUGUGAGAGUAACGGACUUGGACAAUGACGCCCUCCCUGACCCCAUCAGACAGAGAAGUGCUACUGCUCAGGUGACCGUCCAUGUCCUGAAUGUGAACGAUGAGCCUCCUGUAUGCACGCCGCCACACUUGGAAACUCAGAUUUAUUCAGCUAUGAAGACUCCUUUUAUUCAGCUCAACUGUUCAGACAGAGAUUCUCCACAGGAGCACCUGAGCUAUUCAAUUGUAGGAGGAAAUACAAAUAACCAGUUCAUACUUUGGAGACGAGAUUUUGGUCCUCCUUCUCUGGCCGCCACACAGAAUUUCCAGGGUGAUGUAUUUCAAGGCAUUCUGGCCCCCGAGACGUUCCAGCUGCUUAUCGAAGUUACUGAUGAAUUAGGUGGGGAUCCAGUGAGUCAGCUGUCAACCACCACCGCAGUCAUAAUUCAUGUGUUUCCCUGGAGCAUGACACAGCCAACUCCCUCCACAGUGACAGCUACAACCACAAUGACCACCUCUGUCCUAACAAAGAUUUCCUAUUACUGGAGCCCUGACAACUGGAUUCCUGCAGUUCUCACUCUGACAGGAGCUCUUUUCUUGAUGUGUCUCUAUGCUGUUGCAUGGUGCCUCUUCAAAGAUGUCCCUGCCUGUUCGAGAUUAUUUCCCCACUGUCACAAACAUCAGCAGAAGCAACCAAGUCUCACUGCUGUGGAGUCUGGACAAGUCACUAGUGACAGGAAUGCACUACUUGCCCAGCUGUCAGACAAGGGAAGUCAAGAUGUGGAACAAUUAAGAAAAGACAGUGGUUCUGAUGAAAGGCGUUCGGCUUUAACCAGCAGGAAGGUCACCAAACCGUUGUCUCACUUGCUUUAUUUGAAAAGAUCAUGUGAAGAAGUGGAUGGCCUCAGAGUCCCCGGGGAAAAGGCCUAUGAGGGGAAUUACUGCCGUGGACACGUGCUGAGUGCGCACAGGGCUUCUUUCAUUUCGGUCUCCUAUAAUCCCCCCACUGAAAUCAGUGUGCCCAACUUCAGGAACAGCUCCUACGACCAGCCCUGCAGAAAGCAGCCUCCCAGUGAGGGACAGAGUGGUGCUCCCAUGCUUCACUAG